AAGUGAGUGAGCACUUCCGGCCAUCCCUGCGGAGCUGACAUCUCAGUUGUGCCUCUGUCCUGGGCUCGUCCUGCAGUCAUGAAGGACGUACCGGGCUUCCUACAGCAGAGCCAGAGCUCCGGGCCGGGGCAGGCCGCCGUGUGGCACCGUCUAGAGGAGCUCUACACGAAAAAGUUGUGGCAUCAAUUGACACUUCAGGUGCUUGAUUUUGUGCAGGACCCAUGCUUUGCCCAAGGAGAUGGUCUCAUUAAGCUUUAUGAAAACUUCAUCAGUGAAUUUGAGCACAGGGUGAACCCUUUGUCCCUGGUAGAAAUCAUUCUCCAUGUCGUGAGGCAGAUGACUGAUCCUAAUGUAGCUCUGACUUUUCUGGAAAAGACGCGUGAGAAGGUGAAAAGUAGUGAUGAGGCAGUGAUCCUGUGCAAAACAGCGAUCGGAGCUCUGAAGUUAAACAUCGGAGACCUGCAGGUUACAAAGGAAACCAUCGAAGAUGUUGAGGAAAUGCUGAACAACCUCCCUGGUGUGACAUCAGUUCAUAGUCGUUUCUACGAUCUCUCCAGUAAAUACUAUCAAACAAUUGGAAACCAUGCAUCUUAUUACAAAGAUGCUCUGCGCUUUCUGGGCUGUGUCGACAUCAAGGACCUACCAGUGUCUGAGCAGCAGGAGAGAGCCUUCACACUGGGACUGGCAGGGCUUCUUGGCGAGGGAGUUUUUAACUUUGGAGAACUCCUCAUGCACCCUGUGCUGGAAUCGCUGAGGAACACUGACCGCCAGUGGCUCAUUGACACCCUGUAUGCCUUCAACAGUGGGAACGUGGAGAGAUUCCAGGCUCUGAAGACUGCCUGGGGCCAGCAGCCUGACUUAGCAGCCAAUGAAGCCCAGCUUCUGAGGAAGAUCCAGCUGCUGUGCCUCAUGGAGAUGACUUUCACACGACCUGCCAAUCACAGACAACUCACUUUUGAAGAAAUCGCCAAGAGUGCUAAGAUCACAGUGAACGAGGUGGAGCUGCUGGUGAUGAAGGCCCUGUCGGCGGGGCUGGUGAAAGGCAGCAUCGACGAGGUGGACAAGCGCGUCCACAUGACCUGGGCGCAGCCCCGCGUGCUGGAUCUGCAGCAGAUCAGGGGCAUGAAGGACCGCCUGGAGCUCUGGUGCACUGACGUGAAGAGCAUGGAGAUGCUGGUGGAGCACCAGGCCCACGACAUCCUCACCUAGGUCCCCGGGCCCUGCCGCCCCUGCCUGGCCUGGGGAGCGCUCUGUGGCUGAUGAAACCGUCAGCUGAGAAGAUCUGUGUGGACUUGGGGUAGGGGGUGGCGUCCUGUCUGGAGUAGGGGCUGUUCCUGCUGGAAAACAGAGAACUCACUGACAGGGACCGUCCCGCAAGGACGCCCCUUUGUGUCUCUGGUGGCCUGCAGUGUGUGUGUGGGGGCGGGGAGAGACCCAGGUCUCAGAUGAGGGAGAGCCGGAGUGUGAGCGAGGGUGUGGCCCUCAAACUGGUGGGCUUACCCCGCUCCACCUCCACCCGCAUGGUCGUCUUUCCAGUAUGGCUCAAGAAUGUUCCUAUAAUAAAUGCCUUUGCUUUGUUC